CGUGAACUGCAGUGACAUGUCUGCAGAAAAUGAUAAACAUCAACAGAAGGAAAAAAUGCAUGGGGGAAUGCAUGGAUGGGCAGAAAGAGGGGUCUUUUCCCCCACAAUUGGCAAAUACAAAGACCUCAACGGUUCUCCUUUAAGCAUAGAAGCACCUUAAAGGUGCUAUAUAAAGAUAGAGAGAAACACACAAGACACACACGAGGCACUCGUCUACAACAUGUUCUGGAUCAUCAGCUGUUUUGCUUUGGUGUCUUACACACAGGGCUGUGGAGUGCCUAAAAUUCAUCCAAUGGGGAUUCCUAGUAAAAUUAUGGGAGGAGAUGGAGUAGUUCCUGGUUCUUGGCCUUGGCAGGUCUCUCUCAAGACAUCAGCCGUCCACUUCUGUGGGGGAUCCCUGAUCAACCAGUAUUGGGUUCUUACCGCUGCCCAUUGCAAUGUUCGGGCGAGAUAUCACAUUGCUGUCCUUGGAGAGCAUGACCGUGGCUCCGAUGUUGAUCCGGUUCAGGUCAAGAGAGUUGUCCAGGUCAUCGCCCAUCCUCGCUACGAAAGAAGUACUUUCAACAAUGACAUAGCACUGCUGAGAUUGUCCUCUGCAGUUCAGUUGACGUCCUAUAUCACUCCGGUAUGUCUGGUUUCUUCCUCCGUCAGCGUUCUUUCUCAGACCUAUUGUGUCACAACUGGCUGGGGCAGAACUGAAUACAAUCCAAGUCCUCCAAUCCUACAGCAAACCACUUUGCCCAUAGUGAGUACAACUCAGUGCAAACAGCACUUUGGAGAGAGCAAAAUUACAAAUUCCAUGAUUUGUGCUGGAGGCUCUGGAUCAUCGUCUUGCAUGGGUGAUUCUGGUGGUCCUCUGGUAUGUGAGAGUGCAGGUGUUUGGUAUCAGGUUGGCAUUGUGUCCUGGGGUGGUGAAGACUGUAAUGUUGGUUCUCCAGCGGUCUACACACGCAUCUCUUACCUUCGGAAAUGGAUCGACUUGGUUGUCACGUCUAAUUAGACCCCAAACCUGAUUUAUAUCCCUCCAAACAAAAAAUGUGUCAUCACUGUUGUUCGAAGAGGCCGGCCUUAGAUAAUUCACCCUUGUUUUGAAUUUUAUAUGUGUGUCUAAAGGUAGUGGAUAAAGUUAAACCACUGAUGUGUCUUGGCAUGUAUUAUGUGUUUUUCGACCUGUUCUUAAAGAAGUUUUAUUGUAUUAAAAUGUUGCAAAUUUUAUUUAUUUGUAGGCUUGGUUUUCUCCCUUAGUUUACUGUCGCCAUCUUUAAGAAUCGGCUGAAAACACAUCUCUUCCGUCUGCACCUGACUGAUCAUUUCUGAUUUCUAUAUCUUUUCUACAAUAUAAAAAACAGCAUGCUUAGAUGAACUAAACUUGGCUCUGUACACUGUGGUAAGCUUUGUGAGACAUGUUUUUAUUGCUCUUAUGCUUUUUGUUGUCCUAAUGUUUGACCCAAUUGCAUCCAUUGUUUACGCAACUUGUAAGUCGCUUUGGAUAAAGAUUUAAUCUUCUAUUUUUAA